AUGUCUCCCUCUCUCCUGCAAGCAUCAGCCGCAUCCUUCGUGUUGCUUUCCCUUGGUCACACGGCCGCAGGCAGGGAAUGGACUGCCGACCCGAGAUUCAAAUCUAUCGCAAAGACUAAGCCAUGGGCUAGUGGGACUGUGGGCUGGUACCAGGGCAGCGCAUUCUUCAUGUUGACCAGUCUUCUUCACUGGCAAUGGGCGCGCGACCCUAGCCUCCUCCAAGACCCAUUGAACAAGGGUAUGGCCGGGAUUGUCAAUGCCUUGCUCUGGGCUAGCUCGGUCUGGUAUGUCAAGCAUGGUAUUAAUGAAAGCGCCUUUGCUGUGGGUCUCUCUGCUGCAUUGCAGGCUUUUAGUGUGGUUAAGGCUUGCCUGUGA